AUGAACCGCCUUGUUCAAGCAGGCCAAGCAAGGACGGCAUGUUCAUCUGCGCCCAUGUGGGGCAGGUCUCAAUCUACAGUGCUGGCUUCGAGUAUUGGUCGUUCGCGUGUAAGCAUGGCCCGUGGCUCGCGGCAAGUCAACACGGAGAAGUACGGAGCAAGUCGUCGACGGAGCACGAGAUGGACAUGCCGAGAGUGUGCUAUGACCAGACAUCAUGCCACCCCUCCGAUUCCCCCCCUUGGUACCGCAACCACGACGUUCCACGGACGCAUCCUCGACCCAAGCAUGGCUCUGAACGUGGCUCUGAGCAUGGCUCUGAACAUGGUUUCCAUUCGCUUGGUGGCCGCAGCCUUGUUGGUCGCCACGCCGACCAUCGUCAACGGCCAGGUCGACCUGGGAUCCUUGUCGUCCUUUGGUCUACUCGCUGCCAUCGGUCUCACCAGCCUCGGCACGUCCAUCGUCGACGGAAAUAUUGGAACAUUCCCUGGUUUUUACAUGACCGGAUUUCCUCCGGGCAUCGUCAAUAACGGAGCCAUCUAUGGCCCUGAUGCCAUCACCCAGAAGGCACACAAUGAUCUUUCGGCGGCCAUGUCCCAGGCGAUCGCGCUCACGGCAACCGCCGUCUCCUUGAGCCUGGAAUUGGGCGGUUUGGUCUUCAGCCCAGGCGUGAUUGACAUGCCAGAAGAUGGAAGUGCUUCCCUCAGUUCCACCGUUUACCUCUUUACCAACGACAUGAGUGCCAUGUGGAUCUUUCGAAUCCCCGGAAGCUUCAGCAUCGCGCCAACUGGUGCAGUCGAACUGAUCAACGGCGGCGUCUCCUGCAACGUCAUUUGGCUGGUGGGCAACGAAGUCUUCGCCGAAGGACCUUCAACUUUGAAGGGAAACUUCUUGGUUGGCCGCGAUAUCAUUCUGGGAAAUGGCACCACCAGCAUGGGCGGUCUAUACUCGUCCGACGGCCAAGUUGCGCUGGACAACGGCACCGUCGAUCGCUGUGUUUUCCCGCCUCGUUCGGAAACGACGGCGACGGCCAUGAUGAGCACAGUCAUGACAGAUACCACGGCUGCGGAAACGGCAAGCACCAUGGCUACCGACAUCACAGCUACGGAUACCACGGCCACGACGGCCACGACGCUGGCCACAAGUCUCACCCAUUCCGGCUCGGCAACCGCCAGCACGACCACUCCCACAUCGACGGCGGGUGGUACCGGGAGAUCACGCACCGCGGCAACCGGAAUCACCUCGACGGCGAACGUUGCAGGGAGAUCACGCUCUACUACGGCCACAACGGCUACCCCUACGACGCACCCAGGGGCGGCCGAGGCAACAUUACGACUACCAUCACGGCAAUAA